AUGCAAACCAAAUUCAACACUACCCAACCCAGCUUUUUGCGUCGCAGGUCCGAAACUAUUGGCGAUAUCAGUGAGAUGACAGCAAGCAACAGUAACGGCAGCUUUUAUAUGCCACAAAAUAGCCGACAGCAGCCACCUCAAGUGCCAAAGCGCUCACGGCCAACGCCUCGCCCGCCAUCAUCGGCGCAACAUCGCCUUCAAGGUCUAUCCAUGUAUCUGGACGAACAUACCCACUCAUAUGAGGCAGUACAGCCGCCAGAGGCUCCGAUAGAUAUGAACUACAGAAGGCAGCAGACGCAGCAGCAACCCCCAUACCCGCAACAAACUCAGCAGCAACCGACAGCCCGCAGGCCGUCUAUCGACCUUGACAAAGCACCCACUACGGACCGCCUUGUAGAGUUUCGCCUGAGUAUUCCUGACGGAGUACGCAACAUGACGCAGCACCCUGGCGACACUAUUGUCGGUUCCGUUGUUGUGACUCUAACGAAGCCGACAAAGAUAUUCCGCAUCAGUAUCCAGUUCUUGGGUCGAGAGCGUGUAUAUCUUCGUGAGAAUCCACCCAGUGCGCCUAUCGCCAUGCACGCCAAGACUGACUAUGUUCUGUUCGACCACCGUAUGACCUUGUGGGGAGAGAGAACCACAGAUGGCACCCAGCAGAACAACGGGUCAAGCAGACACUGGGGGACAAUGGCACCAGGAACGCAUGUAAUACCGUUUUCAAUCUCCAUUCCCAACGUCAACUACCCUUCGGCUAUCAGACGCGAAAAGGUCUGCGGCGUAAAGUACACGGUCCAAGCCUUUCUAGAACGGCCCGGGAAAUUCACUCUUCGCAGCACCAGCACACGGCCAGAAGAUAUAGUCAUUGAGCCCAUUGCUUACCCGCUCCGGCCGCGCAAUGUUCUGCGUAUCGACUGCACUAUCCCCGGAAAUCCUGAUAAUCAGGGUAUGCAGGAUAUCGCUGUAAGAAUACAGGGUGGCAUCUCCAAGCUACCUGUCGUCGCUGGCGACCGUAUCCUCUACAAGCUUGAGGCAUGUGCGGUAAAUGACACUGGCGAUGAUCCACAGAUCCGGUCACUCGCUAGCAACUACACCGUGAAGUACAUGACCAUAUACAUUGUAGAGUGCCUGGAGCUGAAGGGAAUGAUCAAAGGCAUCGAGCGGUCGCAAACUCAUCGCAACAACGUCCACACUGUGCGUCUGCCACCUAACAGCGAUAAGCAAGAGAAGUAUUCAAAUUCAGCCCCAUUUUUCACGACAAGCGACUACAUACGACUCCCACAAGAUCUCUGCCCCUUCGACAGCAAGCUUUUGACACGCACAUAUGAGCUUCGCAUCGACUGUGAAGUUGCAGACAAGACGUCAUUCUUGAACAAGGUGACGCGGACAUCGUUUCUGUACUCGUGGACGACGGUUUUGGAUGUGGUGGGUGUUUCGCCGGACAAGUUUGAUGCAGCAGCAUUCCAGAACGCGUACACUGACAACCAGCGCAACAUGUCUGGGAUUGUGCCACCGCCGCACCACCAUGCUACGGCGGAGCCAGAGAUCCGCAAGGGCGGAUGGGAGCAGGACACCGAGUAUAUUGAGUGGAAUCGGCUCAACCCGACCUGGAUCCAACUUGCUCGUCGCAAGUAUAGCAGCAAUGCCGAUGAUGCCGAAUGGAAAUGA